UCGUAACUUUUGUCAUGUCUUCUUAUCAAAAACCGUAUCUCCUCUUCCCACAGUGGUGCAACAGAGACCCCAGAUGCAAGAAGCUGCAACUGACGGACCUCUUGGUGGCACCAGUACAGCACAUCAUGAAAGUCCCGUUGAUUCUGCGGGACAUCGAAGGACGCACGGAGGAACCACAGGAGAAGGCAGUUGUCAGGGAGAUAAUUGAGGCUGAGGAACACUCGCUAAGAGAACUCGACGACAAAAUGAAAUGGCUCAAGAAUUUCGAGCGAUUGUUGGAAAUCCAGAGGAACAUCGUGUGGCCGCCGGUCACUGAACUCGACCCCAAGGUGUUCAUCCCGGAGUUCUUGAAGGGUGCCAUAUCGAAGCAACCUUGCGAACGACUUAUAGUGUCACCAAGACGACAAAUUAUUCUUGAAGGAUCUUUGCACUUGAUGGACAACAACAAACCCCAGGAAAUGUAUGUAAUUCUCUUCGACGAUAUGUUAUUGAUCACACGAAGGAAAAAAGGACUCCAUAAAAAGAAAUCCUCGCUGACGGAGAACUGGCCGACGUCGUGCUCGCGGGCCUCCACGACGGGCGAAUCGGCCCUGCGCUACAUCGUGUACAAGCAGCCUCUCUCCCUUGACCGCUUCUUCAUCCACGACGUCUCGCCCCACGAGUCCGCGGCGUCGAAGCUCGAGGCGGCCUUCGUCCUCGUCAACCUCAACCGCUUCCAGCAGAUCGUGGCCGUGUACACCUUCCAGGCGCAGACGGAGCAGAUCAAGCAAACGUGGCUGCUGAAGCUGCGGGACGCCCAGGACAAGUGGAAGCGGACCCUGCAGAACACGGUGUUCAGGACCCAGCGGCUGCCCUCCUCGGCCGCCUCGCCUCCCAAGGGCACGCAGGUCCUUCGCGAGGCCAGCAUCCACCGGGAGUAUCCUUAAGUUCCUGUGACAUCAGCCCCCUUACCCCAGUUCGAUCCCUGUGCGUUCAGUCAUUUAUUUAUUCAUCUUUUAAACCUAUGAUCGUAAGCUGUACCUGAUAUUCAAAGCCCGUGCUACGUAUUUGCUAAAAAAGUGUCUAAUCUCUUGAGCCAUAUUCAUAUUCAGUGUUUAUUUUCAUCAGAGUCCUCAGAUGUUCAUGUCAGCUGUAUCAUAAUGAGACUACAUUCAUACGUUCAUACUGUACUUUCAUGAAAGUCCAUCCUUUUUAGAAGACACUCGUACUUCCGUGUAAAUGUAAGGUUCCUUUGAAACACUGUACAUAAAGCACCUUACUUAACCAUGUAAUACUUAGCAAUACCAUCAAGUAGAAUGGUAGGGUUGUAGUUGACAUAUAAAAAGAACCCUUACCAAUGCGAUUUAUUUUUUCAUAUCAAAAGUAUAUAUAAAAAAAUGAUAAAAAAUAAACUUUCCCAUAAAUCAAGACUUCAGAAGCAAUACAGGACAACAAAAUCAGAGCAGAGUAUGUGUUAUGCAAAA